CUGUAUGGCUCCAAUUGGGGCAUGUUUUUGGAAUGGCGGCGGAAAAUGCCGCAAAGGCCAAAAAGAUACCGAACCCCAAAUCGACCGGAUGAGGGAAGUACUGCAGAUUAGCUCAUAAAACGGAACCCGAGUUUUGUGUUUGGAACUUAUGAAUUCACUUUGGGAUGUUGGGCCCUGUCCGUACUAGCCGCUAGCAUAGUGCUGCCAGACAUCAUGGCCAUCAAAGCAAAUGUAGCUUCAAAUGAACAAAGUCAUUGACUGAUGAUUUGGUGAAUAGAUAUUGCAUGCGUCGGGUCUUCGUCGUAAUGCAAAAAAAUAAAUGAAUAAAUAAAGGCACCUGAUCGUUCAGCGUGGUUAUAAUCCGUGUAAAGACUACAUUUCCCAGAAGCCUGUGUCGCGGUCACGUGACGUUGUAUAAAGCCACACUCGUGAAGGUGAAGCGGUAGUUAGCAUCGUUCACCGGCUUCCCUCCCCCGGCGGGUGUGGUGUACAGUGUGACUUGGACCAGAGCAGAGGAUCCUGAAGGAUUAUUCCUGUGUGCCACGCAGCCAGAAGAUGUCGACCGUGUCUGCCGCCAGCGUGGAGCCGCCAUCCGUGAGCCAGGGCGGCGAGGUGAAGAAGCCGCUGAGGCCGUGCUGCGCUUGUCCUGAAACCAAGAAAGUCAGAGAUGCAUGCAUCAUUGAGAAGGGGGAAGAGGAAUGCACGGCGCUGAUUGAGGCUCACAAAGAUUGCAUGAGGCAGCUUGGAUUCAAGAUUUAAUGGCUCCCUCCAAGGUGGGCGGGUCUGGCAGCGGUGUGACGCGUCGGCCAUGGGAGUCCGGCGGCUGUGUGAAAUGCUAAGUUUAGGACCCGAGCAUGCCUCUGAUGUCUUUCCGUGCAGCCCGCCGCCCGCCUCUUGUCGUCUGACGUCGCAAACGCAAGACAGGCCAGCCGCUCACUUCUUCCCCUCUUAUUUAUUCCACGCGUGAAUGAUGUACUUUUAUUUUGGAAGAAUGUGAGGAAUGUGUGAAAAGAGCUUUGUGCUGUUGGAAUAGAAUAAAAGUUCUAUGCAAUAA